CUGAGAAGUAGUCCAGAAUCGAGAAUGGAGAAUCUUAACAAGCUUCUGCUACUCGCUUGUGCCACUUUCUCCGUUAUGUCUCUUGUUAAGUCUCAAAAUCAAGAAGGAUUCAUCAGUUUGGAUUGCGGAUUACCUUCUAACGAAUCUCCUUAUAUCGAACCAUUGACCAAUUUAACAUACAUAUCAGAUGUCAAUUUCAUCCGAGGAGGAAAAACUGGUAAUAUCGAAAAUAACCCAGACACGGAAUUUAUCCCGAAGCCACAUAAGGUUUUGAGAUACUUUCCGGAUGGAGUUAGAAACUGCUACAAUUUGAGUGUGAAGCAAGGCACAAAGUAUCUAAUCAGGACUUUUUUCUUUUAUGGAAACUAUGACGGUCUUAAUACUUCUCCAAGAUUUGACCUCUUUCUCGGUCCAAAUAUUUGGACAAGCAUCGAUGUGCUAAUACCUGGUGUACGUGAGGGAGCUGUCGAGGAGAUCAUUCACGUCACAAGGUCUAACAUCUUGGACAUAUGUCUCGUAAAAACAGGGACGAGUACACCAAUGAUAUCAGCCAUAGAACUACGACCUAUGCGAUAUGAUACUUAUACUGCUCGAACCGGAUCCUUAAAGAUUAUUGAGCGCACCUACUUCGCCAAUUCAGACAAGCUAAUACGUUAUCCCGAAGAUGUCUAUGAUCGUGUUUGGUUUCCAAAUUUAGAACCAGAAUGGACUCAAAUAAACACAACCCGUAAUGUAAGUGGCUUUUCUUAUGGCUAUAACCCGCCACAAGAUGUAAUUAAGACAGCCGCCAUACCCACUAAUGUCAGCGAGCCAUUGACCUAUACUUGGAAUUUGAAAUCCUCUGAUGACGAGUCGUAUGCUUACCUUUACUUCGCUGAGAUCCAACAAUUAAAGGCCAAUGAAACUAGGGAAUUCAAAAUCGUGGCUAAUGGUGUUGAUUACAUUUCUUAUAUGCCAUGGAAGUUUGAAGCAGAGACCCUAUACAACCCCGCACCACUGAAAUGCCAGGGAGGGCUAUGUCGUGUGCAGCUGUCAAAAACACCGAAGUCGACUCUACCACCCCUAAUGAAUGCUAUAGAGAUUUUUAGCGUCAUACAAUUUCCACAAUCAGAGACAGAUACAGAUGAUGUCAUUGCUAUCAAGGACAUUCAAUCUACGUAUCAAUUGAGUAGAAUCAGCUGGCAGGGCGAUCCAUGUGUCCCUAAACAGUUUUCAUGGAUUGGUGUAAGCUGCAACGUUAUAGAUAUCUCCACACCACCAAGAAUCAUAACAUUAGAUUUGUCUUCAAGUGGAUUAACUGGAAUAAUAUCGCCUAGCAUACAAAAUCUAACUCUGCUUCGAGAAUUGGAUUUAUCGAAUAACAACUUGACUGGAGAAGUGCCUGAAUUCCUAGCCACUAUCAAAUCGUUGUUGGUCAUACACUUAAGCGGAAACAAUCUUAGAGGUUCUGUUCCUCAAGCCCUUCAGGAUAGAGUAAAAAAUGAUGGUUUAAAACUAUUUGUUGAUCCAAAUAUAAAGCAGCGUAGACCACACCAACCAAGAUCCUGGCUGUUGGCCACUGUUGCAUCUAUAUCUUGUGUGGCCGUUAUUAUAAUCGUGUUGGUUCUCAUCUUCAUUUUCAGAAGGAGAAAGUCAUCGACACGCAAAGUUAUACGUCCAUCAUUGGAAAUGAAAAAUAGGAGAUUUAAGUAUUCAGAGGUCAAAGAAAUGACUAAUAACUUUCAAGUUGUUCUCGGUAAAGGCGGCUUUGGUGUUGUUUAUCAUGGUUUUCUCAACAAUGAACAAGUAGCCGUCAAAGUUCUCUCUCAAUCAUCAACUCAAGGCUACAAGGAAUUCAAAACAGAGGUCGAACUACUUCUAAGAGUUCACCAUGUGAAUUUAGUAAGCCUCGUCGGAUACUGUGAUGAAGGAAAUGACUUGGCUCUCAUCUACGAGUUCAUGGACAAUGGAAACUUAAAGGAACAUCUCUCAGGUAAACGUGGUGGCUCUGUCUUGAAUUGGUCAAGUAGACUCAAAAUAGCUAUUGAGUCUGCACUAGGAAUUGAGUACUUGCAUAUUGGAUGUAAGCCGCCAAUGGUUCAUAGAGAUGUGAAAAGUACCAAUAUACUGUUAGGUCUACGUUUUGAAGCCAAACUCGCCGAUUUCGGACUUUCAAGAUCUUUUCUAGUGGGAAGUCAAACUCAUGUAUCAACAAAUGUUGCUGGAACUCUUGGAUAUCUUGAUCCCGAAUAUUAUCAAAAGAAUUGGUUAACAGAGAAGAGUGAUGUUUAUAGCUUUGGGAUUGUGUUACUUGAAAUUAUCACUGGCCAACCUGUGAUUGAACAAUCGCGUGAUAAGUCUUACAUAGUCGAAUGGGCCAAGUCUAUGCUUGCAAAUGGUGAUAUUCAAAGUAUUAUGGAUCCAAAUCUCCAUCAAGAUUACGACACAAGUUCAUCUUGGAAAGCUCUUGAAUUAGCGAUGUUGUGCAUCAACCCUUCUUCCACACAGAGACCAAACAUGACUCGGGUUGCUCAUGAGCUAAAUGAGUGUUUGGAAAUAUAUAACCUUAGUAAAGGAAGGAGCCAGGAUGAAAAUUCAAGUAAGUCCACGGGACAUAGCGUAACUUUCAUCAGUGAUAUUCCUUCAGCUCGUUAAUCUUUUCAUGUUUCAUCUAUAUAUUUGUGUUUGAAAGAUACAUAUAAGUUGUAAUAAAGUCUGGAAUGUUUAAAAACUUCUCAUGCUAAGCAAUUUACUCCUAUUUGAAUUACA